GACCAUUUUCAGUCAACUUCCUUGUUCUGUGUUCAGGUGGGCGGCUGGUGCCUCCUCCAAAAUAACAUCUAUGCCGGUGUGCUGUUCGCCUGUUAUUGUCAUCUCUUGAACGAAAUAAAGUCGUUUCGGGGGGAGACUCUUUUGCAAACAUGGCAACUUGUGCCAACUCGGACGUGGACUUGUGCACGAUCCCUGUGGUUGCGCUCAACGUGACGGUGAGGAAGAAGCUGGGACUUUACCUGAACCCCAAACACGCGGUGGCCGCGGACUGGACGGCCGUGGCGGAGACCAUGGGCUUCACCUACCUGGAGAUCAAGAACUACGAGGCGUUCAAAAACCCCACCAAGACCGUGCUGGAGGACUGGCAGGCUCGGACCGCCGACGCCUCGGUGGGAAAGUUGUUGUCGAUACUUGCAGAGGUGGAGAGAAACGACAUCGUGGAGGAUCUUCAGCCCUUGAUAGAUGAGGAUGUCAGGAAGUAUUGUGAGAACCUGAGGAAGAAGUCCGAGCCCCCGGUGCAGGUUCCUGAAGUGGACAGCUGCGUCCUGCGAGCCACCGACACGUUUGGUCUCACCACGGAGGAUUCAGAAGGUGCUCCUGAGAAGUUUGAUGCCUUCAUCUGCUACUGCAUCAGCGACUUGGAGUUUGUCCAUGAAAUGAUCCGGCAGCUGGAGCAGACGGAGCACAAGCUGAAACUGUGUGUGUUUGACAGAGAUGUCCUCCCAGGCUCCUGUGUGUGGACCAUCACCAGCGAACUCAUAGAGAAAAGGUGUAAGAGGAUGGUGGUGGUGAUCUCUGAUGAAUAUCUGGACAGCGAAGCAUGUGACUUUCAGACCAAGUUUGCUCUCAGCCUCUCUCCUGGAGCUCAAAGAAAAUUUCUUAUUCCAGUGGUGUACAAGCCGAUGAAAAAGCCAUUCCCCACCAUCUUGCGCUUCCUCACCAUAUGCGACUACACCCGGCCCUGCAUCCAGGCCUGGUUCUGGGUACGACUUGCCAAAGCUCUCUCACUGGACUAAUCAUCAAUAAGGCAGUUAAUUAUGUUUAAAAGUUACUUAAAAAAAACAACAACCAACAAUUGAAUAUAUUAUGUGGACAAAAUGUACAUGUUACAGGUUCAAGUGUGAUUUGUGAUCCAUGUGAGGCUGGCACUGGAACCCACUGAUGAUUUUACUGUAUAUUUUACUGCUUCCAAUCACAUUUUCUUUGAUGAUAAUGUAGCUGCACAAAAGUACCAAAAGUCUGAAAAGUUCUCACUGCAAAGUAAUUAUUAUGUACUAAAACUACAAAAGUAACAGGUUGUUCCUGGCACUGUGUGUGUGUGUGUGUGUGUGUGUGUGUGUGUGUGUGUGUGUGUGUGUGUGUGUGUGUGUGUGUGUGUGUGUGUGUGUGUGUGUGUGUGUGUGUGUGUGUGUGUGUGUGUGUGUGGGGGCGGAUAUGAAAGCAACAUGUACUAAAUUCUCUGAAGGCUUUUUUGCGUGCGUGAGGGGUCACUUCCUCUUGUAAAUGAACUUCUAGGUAAGAUUUAAGUUGAAGAGGAAGAGAUGUGACUGUGAUACUUGCACUUGCUCUAUUUUAGUGGCAGCAACUGUAAUGUCUGGCUUUUCCCCUUUUUGUAUCGGUUUGUGUAUUUUGAAUGUUCUUUUUUUAGCUCUUGCAAAUGUUUAUAUAAUGAGUUUGUCAACAGAAAAUAAAUAUACUUUUAACGGAAA